AUGGAAGAGAAAAAGUACCUCAAACGUAAAGAGAAGGCCUUUAAGGAGGGGAAUCGCGAACUUUUGGCGCAAACAUGCAACCACCUGGGAGAUUUUUACAAUCAGCAGGGACGUUAUCAGAAUGCUGUCAAGGAAUACGAAGAAGAAGCUAUUCUAUACUCCAAAAUGGGGAAACAGUUGGAGAUGGCUAAGGCUCAUCGUAUGGUGGGCGAAAUGUAUAUGCUGCUCAGUGACUUCGACAAUGCUAAAUGCCAAAUAAAUACCUAUUUAAAAAUUGUCAAGAAACUGCAAAACAAAGUUGAAGAGCAAAGGGCGUAUGCUACACUGGGAAGGGCACAUUUGUUACACGGCCAAGCUCUAAGUGAAACUGCAGCCUCGAAUUCAAUGAAUGAGUUGCGUCAGGCUGAGCGGGCUUUUCUCAAAAGUCUUCUAUUGACAAAAGAAUUAACAGGUCAAAUAUCAAAAUUGGAGCAACUUGAUAUGCAGGCACGUUGUUAUCUUAAUAUAGGCGUGGUUAAAGAACAUAUGGAGGAUUUUGAAGAGUCUAUUGCUAAUAUGGAAAAAGCUAUAAAAAUAAGCAAAUCGAAUGAUAUAUUCGAACUUACUCACACAUGUUACGUAUCGAUGAGUCUUCUCUUCCAUUGCAAAAAGAACGAUGCGACAUCGGCAUUAAGGUACUGUAACUUGGCCUUAGAAGUGGCUAAACGUCUACAACAGAAAGUGAAGAAAAUUUGUGAAACUUUGAUAAUCAAGUCGGAAAUUUUAAUUAAGGCUGGUGACUUUGCCAGUGCUAAGCAAAUCCUUACAAAAGCUUAUAAGAAAAAUACCCCAGACGAAAAUGAUCGACAAACUAUAGAGAAAACAUUACGAAUAAUUGUAAAAAUAUGUAGGAACCUCGACGAAUUGGUAACAACGAGCUCCAUCGAUUACACAAAACGUAAACAUAUUUUUGAAAAAUUGGGAGAUUGCUGUUGCAAUCUAUUUAAUUACACGAAAGCAUUGGAAUAUUAUGGAAAAAUGCUUGAGUGUGCCCAACUCAAUAAUGAAUCCGGAAAGUCCUUAAUACCAAUAUAUGUCAGUCUGUACCAAACAUAUAAGGACAAUAAUCAAUAUGAUGAGGCAUUAAAGUAUCUGUGGAUGGAGUUUGAUUUGAAUAAAGACGUGCCGAAGGAAGCCUUUUCAACGUUGUGCACCAUUGCUGAGGUCUGUGAGAUGCAAAAGCAGUCAUUUUGGACCAUACAAGACAUUUACCAAAAGGCUAAGGAUCAGGCCAUACUGGCUGGUGACAGUCAAAUGAAGUUAGAAAAAAUUGUGUAUGCACGGUUGAGGAAGCUACAAUUGAAACACAAUAUGAAUAUAUUGGCAGAAGAAUUGGCUCAGGAAGCGUCAUGCAAAGGCAUAAAUAUAAAAUCUCUUGAAGAGGACAGCGACACCGAAUCUGAAAAUGUAAAUUCAGAAAACCUAACCGCCGAUUCGGAUGAUGAUGUUUGCCUGGACGACCUUACCGAUUCGGAUACUAGUGAUUUGGACGAAACAGAAAAGCCAAGACCACAUAGAGUCACUCGUGGAACGCGUUCGUUAACUAUCAAACGCAACAAUAAAGGAGAGACACAACUCCACCAGGCCUGUAUUGCGGGUAACAUUGAACUAGUCCGUCGUUUAAUAGACCAAGGGCAUGUUGUUAAUGUUAGAGAUCAUGCUGGUUGGUUACCGCUGCAUGAAGCAUGCAAUCACGGUUACCGUGAUAUUGUGGAAUUGCUACUCGACAGAGGUGCUUCUGUUGCCAUAAAUGAUAAAGGUGGCACAAGCUGCGAUGGAAUUACACCUUUAUACGAUGCCUGCUCAAAUGGAUUCUUUGAUGUUAUCGAGUUAUUGCUAGAGCGUGGAGCUGAUGCCACUGUAAAAACAGAUUUUGGUGAUACUUGCCUAAAUAGUUUGGAUAAAUGGCGGCAUUCAACCACUUUAACCGAAGGCGAACAAUUGCAGUACGAACAAGUGAGGAGUAAACUAAUAAAGACCUUGUCAAAAGUCGGAAUAUGUUCAUCACAGUCUGUCAAGCCACUAACAAAUGCAAACGUAGAGUACAGUCGAAGAGAUCACAACAAGAAAAGCGAUCAGAGUCUCCUGACAGAUGACGAGAGCAACAAUACCGAUGAAGAAGAGAAUAUUCUUCCCACAUCUUCAACACGUUUGAAUAGGUCUUUAGAUAAAUGUCGAACAGAGUCGCCCGUUAGUGCUGGAGCUGUUUACAAGAACGCCAUUGAGCAGCUUAAACGACCACUUUACAGGCAAAAUUCGUCGGAAAGUGAGCCAGAUGUUGGAUUAUUAGCGAAAAAACAGAAACGUGGAGCCUACAUGGAUACCGAAGAUGUGGAUGACGAUUCUUGGCUUAUCGACGAUAUAGGACCGGAAAAGAAAAAACGUCGAUUCCACACCACCCCCUCAAAACAAUCCAGCAAUUCAAGAUGGCAAAGAGAUUCGUUGUCGCCCGACAAUGAUGCUUUUCAGAUAUUGCUGGAUGCAGCGACCGGCACAAAUUCGCAACAGCGGCAGAAAAAAACCAAAAAACUGUCGUUAUCUCGAAAAUCGAGUGUUAGUAGCAAUGCCAGCACUUCCCAAUCGUCGCAACGCCAUAAACCUAAACACCAAGCAUCUCUAAUUGACAGUGGAUUUUGCCGUUUUCGCAGUGAAAGUCCCCAACCAUCCAGUGAGGAUUCUAAUGACACGAACACAGCUAUAAGUAUCCGCACUGAACCCGACUCUACCACAGCUUCUAUACAAUUAUUAAUUUCACCGACAAAGUCGUCGCCGAUAAAGGUGCAGACAACUCAGUUGUGUUUGCCCACAACAAUUUCCUUCAAAGUCAAAGUUGAAGACGAAAUGCUGUUGGUGCCGAUCGAGAGGAAAAAGUUAAACGAUAUAAAUAUGCGUUGGUUAGCCGAAGAGGCGGCCCGAAGAUAUUACAAUUUGGUUGGAUUAAAACCGACAUUGCGGCUUAAAACUGCCGAUGGCUUUGCAUAUGAGGAAAGUGAUCUAGUUGCUGUGGCUGUUGAACAAAGUAUGAUAUUAGCUACAGUUCUUGAGUGGCAAAUUUCACCGUUGGGACAGCGCUACGAAGAAAUGUGUAUACAGUUACAUAAAGAUGUAAACAAGGAAGUGUUGGAUGUUUUGCAGAGAGCACAAAUUUCAAAUGUUAUCCAAUUGAAUGAUUUGUGGCUGUCGCCCCUUCAAACGGAACCCAUAUUUAAAGCAGUUUUACACCAGUCCAAUCUGAGAAGUUUAGAUUUAUAUAAUAACUCUUUGCAAAACGAGGGUUGUCGACAAUUGGCCAAAGCGCUGCCCACAUUAACAAAUUUGAUAUCACUGAAUUUGAGUGGUAAUUUGAUUUCCUCUGACGGUUUAGAAGUAGUGUUGUCAGGUGCAUCCAAUUUGAGUUGCAUUGAAGAAAUAAUUUUAAGUCAGAAUCCUCUGCGAAAUGAUUCUGUUCGCAUCUUAGACCGAUUCUGUGCAACAUCGGCGGGAAAGUCGUUAAGAAAAUUACAUUUGUCCCACUGUAAUUUAACGAAUCUAUACGAUUUUGAUUUAAACUUUUACGAACUAGUGGAUUUUGACAUCAGCUUCAAUCAACUGAAAGAGGAAUCCCUUCAAAAAAUACUGACUAAACUAAAUUCGUGUCGAUUACAAAGUCUGAAUUUAAAUUACAUAAAAACAGAUGAUGAGUUUAAGAGUGGUGGCGCGGCUUUGUCGUCGAGAACAACCGAACGGCUGAUUACAUUUUUUGAGAGCGGCACAUGUGAAAAGUUUCGUAGUAUUUCACUUGCGGGAUGGUACCUAAGUGAUGUUGACAUUUAUAAAAUUGUUUUAUGUCUGAGUCGGGCUAACGACUUGGAAAUUUUCAACAUAUCCGACAAUGAACGCCUAUCAAGUUCUUCUCUUCACUUUACUCUUGACAAAAUUCCUCAGUUACGAAAACUGUUGGCUGGAAAUUGCAUCCGCCUCUUGGAUGUUGACAACUUGCAACGUCUUUCACAAUUACAAAGCAUUCCAAAUUAUAUGUCCUUUAGUAUAGAUCGUGAAAUAUCAGUGACAGACUUGACACAUCAGUUAUCUACCUUGUGGAUCAGUCUUUGGGGGGAUAGAGAUUUGUGUGAUUCGUAG